GACCUCGCAUGAAACGACCCAAUAUGGUUAUUAAAAAGACAUUUAUUGACUCAAAAACUUCCAUAAAAGUGACAACAAAUGGAUGUUUUUUUGGGGAUAUUUUUUUCAUGUCUCAAUUUGAACAACACAACGACUUGAAAUGCGUACAUGAUGUCGCGGACAUUUCGCUGCAAAUGCGAGCGGGAGGCAAUGUUUUUAAUACAUCGCAUGCGAGCUUUUAGUUGCAAAGUUACUUCCAUGGUACUUCACAGUUACCUCCCAGUGUUUGCUGGGUAUUCACUUAGUCCGUUUUCUGGCUGAUCGAGCGAUAUUUCGAAAACUACAAUAGCUAUAGGCUUCCCGUUUUUUCAGUUUAAUUUGUGCGUUGGUGAAGUGAAUAUAUUAAAAUUGUUACAUUCUGUUUCGUCCAGCAGGACCAAAGGUAAGUUAUUUCAUUAUCGUCGUUAGGUUCCAAAUAAGUAUGAUGUAUGAAAUUAAUAGAAUUUAUAUCUUCAGUUUUGGUCAUGAUGAUGAGUGAUAUAAAAUAGCGUCCAUAAUUAGAGUGUUUCUCAAUAAAUAAACUAUUGAGACUUAUUUACAAGGUGUUGAAAACAGCUAGAGAUAAAGCCUCUGAUAUGUCAAUAGAAAAAAGUAUCAUCUAUUUCACAAUAUUUUGAUUAAUACGAUUUGUCUAACCCAGCAAACUCUUACUUACUUUUAAUAAUAUUGAUUAUAUUUUGCUCACUCUGGUUCUCAGAGAUGUAAAAACAAAAAGUUCCUAAUAUAUAGGGACCGAUAGAUUUUCAAACACAAAUGGAAAAAAAAGAUUGUAAUUUCUUAGAAUAUGAAUGUUAAUCCUUCCAAUGGAUUUUGAAUAUUCUUCAUAAAAAUAAUGUAUUUAUAUGAGCAAGGUCUCACCUUUACUGAUUUUGGAUGUUCCGGUUAAUCUCAAUAUAAUGGAGUUUUCUCAAAUAUAAACUAAUAUGAGGCCAUUAACACAAUCUUCAUAUAGAUUACUAUUUUCCCUAGGAAUAAUAAUGUAUGUGUUAUUGAAUAGUUCAACCAGAUACAUUCAAAGUACUCCUUAUUUUCAGAACAAAAAAAUGCCCAAACAAUUUAGUGAACUCAGCUCUAGGCAGAAGCAUCGUCGUAGGCAGCAGUUAUUAGGGACCUCUUCGAAAAUAGUUAAAUUUUCAUCUCAUAAAAAUCUGAAUCCAUCUCGUGAACUAAAAAUAAAAGAAGUUGUUGGAUUGCCAUCUGACCCAACCCUCAAUCCAGAGCUUUCUUGUAAAAAAUCAUCUCGAGAAUCAUCCCCUCUUCCGUCCACAAGUUCCUAUAAUCCACCACCACUGGAAAUAUCAUCAAUAGAUAUAAAUGACUCAUAUGAAGGACCCAGCUCAAGUGAUGAAGAUAUCAACAAAAACUGUGGAACUUCCCUAACAACAGAUUUAAGAGAAUGGGCUAUAGAAAGACAUAUAAACCACAAUGAUUUGUCUCAUCUUCUGGGAAUAUUGCGUAAACAUAAAAUUAUUGAUAUACCAACAGAUGCAAGAAGUUUUCUGAAUACUCCAAGAGGUGUGGUAACUGUUCCAAUGGAAGGGGGACCAGCUUUGCCCCCCAAUAUAGACGUAGCUAUACACAGUAAAAAUGGAGUGCAAUCAUGCAGUCAAAGUUCUCCGGGAAGCCCAAAGGUGUACACGUUGUUGGAAGCAGCUCCAAAUUGUAAAUCAGUUGAUAGUGAGGAUGAUGUGGCUGAUUUGACUGUGGCUGAUGAAGCUUCAGGAUACAAUAAUGAGCUCAUCAGUGAUCCACCCAUUAAAUCAGUCGAAGCCUGUUGUUCCAACGAGAAGAUAAUUAAUCUUUUAUUGGAUAUUAAAUUGGAAAUUGCUAACCUAAGCAACAAAUUGACUGAACAAGGGCUUUUCAAUUUAGAAAAUGACCCAAUAUUGGAAAACUUACCACUAAAAAAUUUGGAGGAUUUUCAAAGUCUCGAAGGGAAACUGGAUACUGAUCCAGUGUUGAAAAAAAAACUGUACAAAACGUAUGAGUCCAUAGGAGGAAAUGACAGUAGGGAUUUUGUGAUUCGAUGUCUGAAGAGGUCGUUCACAAAUGACAUGGCCGAGUUGUGUUCAUGGACUGGUCAAAAAGACAAUUACAAAGUAGCUGACAGUCCAGUAAUGAAAAUAUUACACAGUGCAGUAAAGAAGACAACUGGAGUGUCCGAAAAGGACUUCGAGAUAUAUGUCAAGGAUUGGCUCCGACAUGCCAAACAACGGAAGGAGAGGAUGUUGAAAAAAACCAAUAAAUUAAAAUAUAUAUAGUAUUUUUGUAUAGGUGGUCAAAUGAAGACCGGCUCUGUUUGUUAAUUUUAUUAUUUUAUGUUUUUUUAUAUUAGAUUAAAUAAUUAUUCAUUA